AUGGUCGACUCAGAUUGUUUGAUGAGAAGGGCCUGUCCUGUUUGGUCAAUUGAUAUUGUCCUUAAAGGAUCGCGAGCGUUGAUUAUGCUGGACGGCCACAACAAGUCAGAGAUUGUUUGGGAGAGUUUCGGCCAUCCGACAGAUACAUGGUUGCCUGGCAUGAAGUUAUGGAAAGCCAUGAAGGGGACUUCGUGGAAGAGUUCCGUGGAUCCUGCAAGUGGACUCUUCUCUAUAGCAAUGGACAUGUCUCCAGGAAAGACGCAGUUGGCAGAUCAUGCCCUCACGGGGCGGAUACUGAUAAAAGAGUAUGGGGAAUUAAAAGCUUUACUACUCGAUGAUGGUACAUGGAGUCAAGGGUGCUCGUCAUUUCAAGGCCAAUGCAGUGCCUAUGAUAUCUGUGGGGCAUAUGGACUCUGCAAUGCUGAUGGUGUUUGUACUUGUGUUGAGGGUUUCACACCCAACAAGCAUGAUACUCAAGAAGGCACAACCGACGGCUUCUUCGAAGCCAAGAACCAAUACUUGUCCGAAGAAGGAGCUGUCAUAUACAACAAGCCAACACAGAAAGGCUGCAGGAUUGCUUGUCUCAACAAUUGCUCCUGCACAGCCUUUGCUUUUGUUAUUUCUGAUCCACCAGUCUGUAGACUGUGGUUUAGGGAUUUAUUCAAAAAGCGCGUUUCAUCUGAGAGCCAAUCCAUCUUCAUUAGGCUGGCUGCCUCUGAGUUAGGGCACUCGACUUCAGAGGGAAGCAGCAAACCAUUGCCUCCUCUUCGCAGUUCUCUUCCUGGGACCAUUGCUUCUAAACGUCGGAGACCGGCCAAGAAAAGCAUGGAAGAGGAUUUGUCGACUUCACUCAGAACAUUCACUUACAAAGAAUUGCGUGUUGCAACCCAGAAUUUCAAGCACAAGCUCGGGAGCCGAGCAUUCGGCUCUGUGUUCACAGGAAUUCUGCCAGACAACACGCUUGUGGCAGUUAAGAGAUUAGAGGGUUGUGCACAAGAAGAAAAGCAAUUCCGUGCGGAAAUAAGCACCAUCAGAAGAAUACAGCAUGCGAAUUUAGUGAGGCUCUUGGAAUUCUACGUACAAGACUCUCAAAGGCUUCUGGUGUAUGCGUACAUGCCUAAUGGCUCUCUAAACUGCUGCCUUUUCUGUAAAGAUGAAGAAGUAGAGAAGCCUGAAGGUGGCCGAUUUUGGCCUGGCAGAGACCUCAGCCACGUACUGACGACCACAAAAGGAACUCGAGGAUAUUUGGCUCCCGAGUGGGUAUCCGGCCUUCCUAUCACUCCCAAAGUGGAUGUAUUCUGUUUUGGCAUGACUUUGCUAGAAAUUAUAUCAGGGAGGAGAAAUAUGGACAUGAAUGUGGAGAAGAACAGGUUCUACUUUCCUAACUGGGCGUCGUCUCAAGUUCAGAAAGGAAGCAUAUUAGGCCCUGUGGAUGCAAGGAUAGCGAAUGAGGCAGAUAUUGGAGAAGAAGAGCUGCUGUAG